AGAAAUCCUGCUCGGCCCAUUUCCCGUCUGAACACGCCCCCGCAAACUUCACUUCGACCAGAGCAAACUACGAGCGAUCUCAGCCAGGUCACACGACCCUAUGUCAGAAUGUGUGUGUCAAAAUGUUUUUAGCCAGUUUAACACUUCACCGCGAAUCUCUCAACGGGAUCGACACAUUUUGAACAAGAUGGAUUGAAAAGGACUGAACAAUGCAAGGAUGGACAGAGGUCAGAUGUCACCAUGGAAAAACAAUUUGGCAACUCGCCUGCUUACUGUUAUGCUCCUGUUCCUCCAGUAUGGCCUGCUGGUGUCUCAGGAGGUGACCUGUGCAGAGGACGAGCAUCGGCACGCAACGGAGCCUUUCUGCUGCAACAAGUGCCCACCAGGGUUUCAUGUGGAAGAGGAUUGUGCCUCACAGUGGAAUAGAACCAAGUGCAAGAAAUGUGGAGAUGGACGGUACCGGAGUGACACAAACUACUUUAACGCAUGCGAGCAGUGCACCAAGUGCAAAGACAAUGAAGUGGAAGUGAGCAAGUGUGACUACAAAAAUAAUAGAGUCUGCCAAUGUAAGGAGGGCUACUACAAAUUGCAGCUUAGCACAAACACUCACGAGUGCAGACUCUGCAGAGUGUGUGGGGCUGGAGAGAGAGAGGUCCAGAAUUGUACAGCAGAGCACAAUAGAAAGUGUGAGUCACGUGAGCGGUGUUUAAAGGACUGCUCCCAAUCGUGUGGGCCAAUCAUAUGGCCGUCCACUACGACUCUGCCUACAACUCCUCAAACAAAUCGCAAGGAAGGUGCAGAGGGCCAUAUGCUGAUUAUAGUGGUGUCGAUAGCGAUUGCCUCGAUAACUGUGCUGGCGUUGGGUAUGAUCCUGAGCUACAGAUUCAUCAGCCAGCGCUGCUGGACGCAGGAGAAAGUAACAUUGCAAAGUCAAAGGAGUGAAGACUCAGAGUCGCCCUCUUCGGUCUUGUCUACCGAGUCUCUACUCAUUAGAGAAGACAGCAGCCGUAGCCACGACAACUACAGUGUUCCAUACCCAACUCCCACUCAUAUGGAGAGGCAGUACGCAUCACCUCCCUGUGAGACACCAGCGAUCAAUACCAAUAAGUUCAUCUACUCCCUGCUGGAAGUGGUCCCCGUUCUGCGAGUCGAGGAGCUGCUCCGACGUCUCGACGUAAGUGACCAAAUCAUCGACCGGGCCAGACGGGACCACCCCACGUCCUGUAAGGAAGCCCACUUCCAUAUGCUGAAGGCAUGGAGCGAGAGUGGACCUCGUGGGGGAGGAGGAGGAGGAGGAGGAGGAGGAGGUGGCAGUCUCCCCUUGCCGCUCCUACGUACCAUGCUAGAGACACUGAGGGAGAUGAACCUCCGAGCCUCCGCAGAGAUAUUGGAGGAGAAAUACCAACUGGAGCACUUAGGGCACACAUGAACUGCACUGCACCGCUCUGCACCAUACGUUACUGCACUGAACAGGAACAUGACUUGGAUGGCUUAGAGUCUGCACCUGCAUCGAUGCACAUGUUUAGACACAGUACAGUACAUACACCAGGGCGCAUAUACAAGCGAAAGCCUUCACACCGCAGAUAUUAUGAGCACAUUUCACACCCUUAUUGAUGUGACUCUACCCCACUGACACAAUAAAAGGUGUUGCAAGAAGGCCCAGCUUUGAAGGCGUUUUCCUCUCGCCCUUCACCAUCAGUUCUCAAGACUGACUGAAUAAACCUUGUUGGUGGAUCUUCAGUUUCCAAACAGCCGUCCAGUUCGCUACAGCCUAUGAAACACAAACUCCGUGCCAUGUUAGUACAGGCCAAGAGAGAAACGUGCCGGUUCCUGCUGCUAAUCUGGAACCGAAUGCCUGAAAAUUAAGUUCCUGAUGGAAUCUAAGUAAAGCUUUUUUUUUAAAAAAACAGAACUGUGACGAUAAGGUAGACAUUGGUUCAUCUCGGUCACAUGCGACAAAAUAAGCAAGUGGUGUGAAUGUGGGUCGGCCACCAGUACUGUAUAGUAGUUUCCCAGUCUAACUGGUGUGGGAACCAACACCAUUAUGAUGGCCCGGAUGGAAAAUAGCCAAACACUCAAAAAACAAAAUGUGCCAAAGCCCCUUUAAAGUUUGUACUUCAAUCCAUUGUGAGACAAGAAACAAGGCCAGGGGGAAAAGAGCAUAAUGAUCAAGUAUGACCAAGAGGAUAUGUGAACUGAAAUACACGUUACAUAGACACACAUGGCACUUGAUAUACUCGAUACACAUUAUACUCGACAACAUACGAUAUACUAUAUAUAGCCUAUGUUUUGUUGACAUGAAUUUAAUAGACGCUGGAAAUGUGUGAAAAACAGAACUAUAGCCUUCAGCUACAUGCAGAGAUGAUGGCGCAGUAAAAAAAAAAAAGUUCACGCAUGCACACACGCACGCAUGCAUGCACGCAUUUGAUUGCACACAUUCGAUUGCACAAAAAAAAUGCUGUAAAAAAAGUUGGAAAUCAAGAAGUGAAACUCCUGAUUCAUCAUAGCUACAAACUGCCCAUGGAGCCUAGUUUUGCAAUUCUCAGGAUCAAGCUUUGCGUGUUAAAUGGUUGCUGUGUAUGCGUGUGUGUGUGUGUGUGUGUGUGUGUGUGUGUGUGUGUGUGUGUGUGCGUGCGUGCCUGCGUGCGUGCGUGCGUGCGUGUGUGUGUGUGUGUGGGGGGGGUAUUUUGUGAGUCCGUCCGUCAAUUUCAGGUGCAGUGUACUGAAAGAAAGGUAACAGGUCCACCUGAAUCACAAACGUCAAUGUCAUUAGAACCCCAGGCAUUAAUGAAAGCCUAAACCUAGUGUGAUACUGCUCUUUAGUUACGGCAUUGUUGAUGUGUACAUUUUCAGAUUCUUAUACAUGUAAACAAAAGAUGUAAUAUACAGGUGUAUGGUUGAAUAAAAAGAGAAAAUAUAUGUUUGUACAUUUUCAGCACAUGGAGUGACUUCCAUGGGUAUGUGAAUAUAAAAACAAUAUUUUUAGUUGUCGAUAGCCUGUUGAAUUUCAGGCAGUGGAUGCUGGAUGUGUACCUAUGUGUACUUAUUGCAGUUAUUUUCCCUAGAAUAAGUUACUGAACUGUAGUGAUUUUCUCUUUGAAAAUAAGUACCUGCCACACUAAUGUAAAUCCUAUUGUUGGCUCUGUGGUCUCUGCUUAUAUGGAGUGUGUACUCUUGUUACCGAAGUUGCUUUCCACACUUCCCAACAGUCUGAUGCAGUCUGCACUGGAUCUUUGGCUUUAUGCAGGCCCAAUUUAGGACGCUCCAGGGACCUACAUGUAGGGCGUAGCAGUGAGUAGGUGACACAAGGAGACGUAUGGAUUUGAAUUGUAAUGGAGGGGGAUUCAAGUGAAUUGCUUGUGCAUAGGGUCCAGAAUGCAAUGCUAUGCCCCUGACUGUAUGGCUGUAUACUACAGUCUCUUCUCUGCAAUGAUUUGGUACACGUAAGAAUACAGAGUUGAUAUUGACUCUUCUGUAUUAGAAUGUUAAUCAAUUUAUCUGAACAAUCAAACUAUGACUUUGACGGCCAACCCUGUGCCCCUUGUGAUGGUUUUAUAAGACCCAUGAAAUGUAAAAGCACCUUUUUCAAACUUUUCUUUGCACUUUCAUAUAACCAGCUUUAAGAACGGGUGCUAUGUUUUAGUAAUCGUUGUCCUUUUGUGGGGCAAAAGUAAGCAUAGUAAGCAUUACAUGUUAAUCGUCACAUCUGUGUGUUGAAGACCCCAAGCACAGCUAUUGAAACUGAUGAGCACUCAGCUCAAUGUUUUUUGUACAGUACCAUAUUGCAUGGGGUGUACUCCAGGUUAGAGACGAAUUCAGCUGUGUAGUCUGGCAACAAGACGACAGAUGGAAGAAAGUUAUUUUAUAUAUUGUGAACAAUAAAAAAGAACAUAUUAUCUUAAGCAUUGAAUGCUUUGGUUUGGUCAUUUGUGUGUAUAGCUUAUGUGUGGGUUGUGUUCCCGUAUGCACAUAGUGUACGACUGUCUUUGCAUUACUGUGUCAGUGUGUAUGUAUGUACAGUAUACUGCCUGUGAGCGUGAAUAGGCAUUAUUUAUUGUCAUGUGUCAGCUUGUAUGUAUUGUAUAAUAUAUUGCAUGUGGUAUGCAGUCCAACUGCAUUGCUGUAGGAUGUCAUGUUGUUAUAUCAUCUUGAUAUUGUACCUGUUGUACUUGUACUUAAAUCGCUCGUUAUUGCGUCCUCUGCAUUCCCUCAGAUACGGUACAUACACACCCUCGCUUUGGGCUCCUUUUAGCUUUGCCUGAAUUAGGAAUGCCUUUACACACAUGCAC